AUGGAAUGGAAUUAUGAAAACUCAUGGAAACCUUCAACGGAUACUUUCCAUUACGGUAUGGGAUUCCGAAAACAUAAGAUGCAAAGCACUUCAACGGAGAAGAAGACUCCGCACCCUCUUGUACUCACCCCUGCGAACAGACCAACAGAAGACAAUUAUAAUAAUUACAAAUUCUCCUCGACGGCAAACUCUAGCCAAUUAUCGCUACUUGAAAGGAGCCGUGCCUUGACUGGAAUUGGCACCCCCGAUCCACCUCCGACGCCGCCAACGAACUCGAGACAAUGGAAUCAGUACCACCAUCUAGAUGCGCUCUCACCUCCAUGUGAUGAAUCUAUCACGGGCAAAUUAGACAUUGUAUCCCCCAACACACCUCACAGUGUUCGCAGUCCUCCAACCCCUGAUGUCACACCUCCUAGGCUUCAACGGUCAGAAUUUCUACAGCCUACCCACAAUCUUUACUCAUCACGCUCAAACUCAUUCAUCACUGCGCGCGAAGAGCCGUAUUCAUCAGACGAAGAUUAUGGAACUACCAUGAACUCAGCAACUUCAUUGAUUAGGACCCCCGUUUCUAGUUCAGCAAACAUUUCAGCAGACCAGAGACCUCGUCUCAAGAGCUCAAACUUAGAAUCUAUUAUUUGUAAGGAAAGAGUAUACUCCUACCUAGGACCCAUGGACACUCCGCCCUCGGAAGAUGAGUUGUAUAGUCGCCAGUGGGCAACUGAGGAAGAUGCAGAAGACCUACUGCAGCCCAACAAUAAAUCCAGCUCAUAUCAACACACAAGCAGCCAAAAAACAAACAAAUCUUUAUUGAGUCAAGAUGAAGGAAGCUGUUUUAUGUAUUCAAGUGAAAGUAAAGAUCAAAUAACAGAGAGCGACCACAAAAUUUCAUCAAUAUCAGAUAAGAAUUACUGCCAUCACUCGCGACCAGACAAUCCCCUAUUUACUCAAGAUCAGCAGCCUCGGUGGUUCCCUGAAAAAAGUCAGUGCUCAAGGUCUUCAGCUCCUGAUUCACCUCCACUUACAUCCAUGUCAGCCCUUGGUGCAGCAAAUAUUUACAGGGCUCAUCGAAGAUCUGUGUCAAGUGAUGUUAUGGGACUAGAGACUUCCCCGGUAUUCAUGAAAACACUUCGACACAGAAAAAAGCAUUUAGGAUUGAGAGAGUUCAGCGAUCAGAUGCUCAAAGACUCAAACAACACAACGUGCUCAAGCGACCUUCACAUGCAAAAUGCUAGAGAUGAUUCUGCUAAAAUUCCACCAAUCAAUACCAAUGCUCGGGCUGCUUCAGCUAGAUCCCUUAGUCCUGCAUCAAAUUUCCGUUAUCGUCAGGAAAUUAUAAGGAAUGGAGGGAUACCAGUUCUAGUAAUUCCAGAAAGACGUACUCGCACAAACUCAUCGCAGUCUCAGUACCCGGGGUCUAUCAAGAGUCAUAAAAACCGCUUCAGCGUCUCUCUCGGCUCAAAGACACUCUCUGAUGCAUGGAAACUAAAAACCCCUGAAAAUAAAGAUCAAACUGGAUUUGCAAGCCAAAUAUUCACAGAGUCUGCUCUAUCUGGGAAUUCAGCGCGUACAAUUGAUUAUCCCCCUCUUGUUCCACUAAGAGGUUCCUCUAUGGCAGCACAGGUGGGCUAUGAACCUAUAGUAGCACCUGGUUCUUUGACAGUCGAAAGUCUGAAAGCUCAUGAUGUUCAACAAGCGGAAAUCCCUUCAUCUGACAUCUGUGACUCUGCUGUCCCCUCAGCGAAGAACACCGACGCAUUGAACAGCUUUGAUCAUUACUUAAACACCAAAUAUAACAGUGAACAGUUCUCUCCAGUUGAUCCACAAACACAAGUCACUCCAUUUUCUCAGAAAUCAUAUGAGACAGCCGGAACGAUGGCAGAAGUUUCCGAAGCUCUUGCAGUCUCUUUCUUUCCUCACCAGAAAAAAUCAGUUGUGGUUGUAGAUAAUCCUACUGCUACGGAGCCUUGUAAUUCUCUAGAGUCCGAAUCAAUCAGCUCUACCCAUUCCAUCCUAAACGUAACUCAAGUAACAAAAGCCACUGCAUCAGAGCCAACGACUCCUUUACCUUGUAAAAAAAAUGUAAUGGCUCAUGUUGACUCUCCCUUCCGCAAUCCUCGAGAUCCACCAGCUCCCCCUUCUAUUAAGCUCAUACCGCCUACUCCUUGCGAGCUAGAGCAGAACCCCCAAACUGUUAAGAAACUACCAGCUUCGAUCGAUAAUGCACCACCAGAAAAAAUCAAGUCGCUCAUACGUCGCAUAAGCGGUCGUCGAGCUUCUGAGCCCACUCAGCCAUAUCGAUUUAUAAAAAGAACAAUGUCCCUCAGCACCAGGAGAAAGCAUUCAUUGCGUAGCCCUAUUCAUACGACAUUUGGUGAUGAUACUGCGUCCUCAUACAACAAGACAAGAAGCACAGCAGUAGACAACGACAAAUCACGGUCUUUUUGGAGGCCGACAAAGUUCUGGAAUGAUAUAGAGGAUGACGACGAUUUUGAAUGGGAUCAUCGAGUUUAUCCGGCUCCUAGUGGGUCAACGAAUCUCAGGAGAUCGAUUAGUGAGAGGCUCCGAAAAAAUACUCGAAUCUACCCGUCUGUCGAUCGCGAACAAAGAAUUUUAAAAGCAGCGGAAUUCCAUACAAAUUCUGGGCCUUCAGAAAAUGGUAAUGAUUUGACGAGAAUAAAAAGCAAAGCAGGAAUUGGAUGUGAUGAGCUUCGGAAUCUACGAUGUAAGGAAGGGAUUUCUGGCGUUGACGAGAUGUCUGGUGCCAGUAGACGACAGGGAUCUAGAGUUGGGGUCUUUGUCGAGAGUGUUGGAUGGGGUGAAAUUAGACGCUGGGUGGAUGAGAAAAGACGUGCACGACGUCGAGAGGAGCUAAGGGGCAUGAUCGGAUCUCCAACGAUCAUAAGAAAUAAUUUUGGUAUAUUAAGUAAGAUGUCAUCACACGAAGAGCAAGUCAAUUAA